AUGUCUUCCCCGGAAACACCUCCCAUUAUUGCUAGUGGCCUCAUCACCGCAUGCACCACCCACAUCCGCGAGCUUUCCAAACUCUCCGGCAAAAGCAUUAAAAAUGACUACCGAACACCGCUUUGUCACGAGUUUGGGCGCUUCCGUCUGUGGACGCGCGCCUUCGACAAUACACCCCCAGCGGAUGGUAAUAUACUGGAGGAAGUGCUGGAGGACGCUAUAUACCUUAAGGAGCCUAUAGUCCUACUCCUGGCGUCAUUUGCUAGUUGUCUCCUUGAUGACUGCCUCCGGAAAGUUGGCAACGACUACACCCGCACGCUCCUGCGGCUAUCCCUCAGCGAGGUGGCUAAGGCGUAUCCACAGUUGGACAGCAAAUUGAAACGUGAGUGGAAAACACAGGAUGCUGCCAUUGGGGAGCUGCGCGAGUGUAUCGAUGCGCUUUUUGACGUACUAUCUACCCUUGACAAAGUCAUGGAGGAGAUGAAGGAGGAUGAGACGACGGGGGUAAGUCACAUGGAACGACCCAUAACUAGGACAAAUGCUCCACAACCUAGCGAACACACCACCUCCCCAGAGACUUCUCCUUUUGGAAAGGGGCAGGAGAUACCGGAAGGACUCGGAUUUGAAUAUCCACUCACAAUGGUGGGAGGGGGUGCCUUAGCGGAGGGAGGCCUUGGAGAAGGCUUUUUGGGAAGAGAAACCAGCACCCCGAGCGAUGUGAUGGGUAAGCACUGGGAGAUAUACCAGCAAUAUAUCCGGGACAGAUUCCCUCACGCAAUUGAACAGCUGGAUAUUGAAGGGUUUUCAAAGGGGAAUGUGGACUGUUACGACAGGUUGGUGAGGCUGGACGAGGAUAGGGGGAAGGAGAGGGAGGAGAAGAAGGAAGAGCAGAAGGAGGAGCUGAAAGAGGAGAAGUUGGUAUUCGAGAAUGUCGGACAAAGUGCCCAUCUGCCCCCCGUGCUCGAGGAGUCUGAGAUGCACAUUCAAACAGCCCAGGAUAUGCUGGAAGGAAUGAAAGAUUUACCAACGGCAGGUGUCGCCACCACGUUCAAAGACUCCGGACUCGGUAGCUCCGCUCCUCACAGCCUCCCACCAGUCUCAAUCCACACUCCGGACCCACUGCCAGCUAUUAUCAUUCCCCAGCCUACGGUCCCCCACGCCUACACGUUCCUUGCCCCACCCCCUUCCGUCUCCGGCUUGACGCACUCAACCAUCUGCUCAGUGUCGUCGGAACCAGGCAAGAGACGCCUCCUUCCCCGGGUCCCCGAACAUUCACGAUACGGGACCGGUUUCGAAUGCACAUUUUGCGGAUUGAAUCAACGCCCCACUACCCAAGGCCACACGUGGAGAAAACAUGUCUUUGCCGACCUGUCGCCAUACAUGUGUAUUCGCACCCGGUGUUCCAGCUCGGGCAGGUUCUAUAGCUCAAAGAAGGCCUGGGUCGCGCAUGAUAUGGCCUGCAUACGGAGCCCACGAGAAGGCGGCGAGGCGUUUACGACAAGGGAGUGUCCGUUCUGCGCGAAGAACUUCGAUGGAAACACUGGAAGGUUUUACAGCCAUGUCGCGCACCACAUGGAGGACAUACGCUUGUUCGCGCUGCCGCCGGCUUACCGUGAGUAUGAGGAAGAAGAAUACGGAAAUGGCUCAGAGUCAGGAAGUACAGACGGGGCGAGAAGCAUUGGGGGGGACAAAAGCGUGCUGGGACAGUAUCUUGCGGUGAAUAGCGCGGUACAUACCGUGUCCACAAGUGAGUGGGCCUUAAGGACGCAGGCCGAGACCGAUGUCGAGCCUUGGUACCACAGUGUCGAACCUCUAGCUGCUCCUACACCAUCUGGGCUUGCUGGAGGGGAGCAUGCAUUAUUGGAUACUGAAGAGCAACGUCGAAGCAGGCUUGCGAAGUCUCGAUGGCUUAUUCUGACGGGGACCUUCAAGGCCGUCAUGAAGUUUCUUAAACCACUGCUUGCUGAGAAGCAGCGCCGAAGCAGGCUUGCGAGGCAUCGAUUGCUUAUUCUCGCGGGGACCUUCAAGGCCGUCAUGAAGUUUCUUAGACCACUGCUUGCUGACGAGCAGCGCCGAAGCAGGCUUGCGAGGCAUCGAUUGCUUAUUCUGACAGGGACCUUCAAGGCCGUCAUGAAGUUUCUUAGACCACUGCUUGCUGAGAAGCAGCGCCGAAGCAGGCUUGCGAGGCAUCGAUUGCUGAUUCUGACAGGGACCUUCAAGGCCGUCAUGAAGUUUCUUAGACCACUGCUUGCUGACGAGCAGCGCCGACGCAGGCUUGCGAGGCAUCGAUUGCUUAUCCUGACAGGGACCUUCAAGGCCGUCAUGAAGUUUCUUAGACCAUUGCUUGCUGACGAGCAGCGCCGACGCAGGCUUGCGAGGCAUCGAUUGCUUAUCCUGACAGGGACCUUCAAGGCCGUCAUGAAGUUUCUUAGACCAUUGCUUGCUGUCGAGCAGCGCCGAAGCAGGCUUGCGACGUCUCCACUAUUUAUGCUUGCUGAAGCGCAGCACCGAGGCAGGCUUGCGAGGCAUCGAUUGGGUAUUCUGACGAUGACCAUCAAGGCCUUACUCAUGUUUCGUAGACUAUCGUUUUCCGCGCGACAGAGGCUUGCGUGGUCUCGAUGGCUUAUUUUGAGGGGGACCUUCAAGGCCGUGAGGAGGUUUCGUGGACUGGUUCCAGACCCUCUAACGGUUACUGAGCGAAAACGGGAACGGGAUCGUCCUGACCCCACGAGGUUUACUUCUGCCAACACGAUGCCCCAGAGGGUCACCAGAUCAAUCCCACCGAGUCAACGCCCUGAAACGGUUACCGCUGAGGGGGGGAAAUACCUCGGCAACGAUCAUGCGUCGACUGAAAGGCCUUCCCCAAGCGAUAGUGAAAGGGAUCGGCUUUUCACCAGACUGCUUCGACUGAGAUCAAACCCUCCAAAGGUUACCAAUGAGGGGAAGGGAGGACCUCAAGAACGAUGA